AUGCAACUGCCUCAGGUGGCCUUUGAGUCAACUCAAACGGCUUGCCCCUAUCUGUUCCCAUGCUGUUGUGUCGAUCAACCAUGCACUGUCUCAACCCCUCCCUCUCUCUCCCCUCUUGGUCCACCACAGGUGGAGCAGAUGGCCACGAAGCACCAUCCCAACCUGGUGCGGCUGCUGGGGUACGCAGUGGGAGGCCAUGUGAGCACGCGCGUGGAGAACGUUCUCGUCUACGAGUUCAUGGCCAAUGGCGACCUGCGCACGUGGAUCGGCCCACGGUUCUUCUCCUUUGAAACACAGUACCACCAAUGCUGUUUCUCUCCAAUGCUGCUUUUCUCUGAUGCUGCCUUGCCUCUGCUCUGCCAUUCUCUAGAUGCGCCCACAAGUUUGACUCUGCAGCAGCGGUUGGGCAUUCUCCUGGAGGUGGCACGAGGCUUGGAGUAUCUGCCCAGCUUUGGCCUCGUGCACCGCGACAUCAAGCCUGCCAACAUCCUCCUUGAUGCUCACAUGCAGGCAAAAGUGGCGGACUUUGGGCUUGUGCAUGUGGGGGAGGGCAUGACAACAGGGUUCACGCGAGUGCUGGGAACGGUGGGCUAUGUGGACCCUGCUUACUACCUUACGCACAACGUCACCACCACUGCUGACGUUUACAGUUGUGGUUGGCCCCGUCCUCGCUUGGGCGGAGCCGACUUCGUGGUCGGGUGUGCGGGAGGUGCAGCGGACCUGUAG